ACGCUCAUCUGCGCGCCACCGAGAUGGACCUGGAUUCACCCUGGGACGAGGUUGCAGACUCUACGACAACAAGGGACGCAGAAUGGGCAAAGCUAUCGUCUGACUUCACCAAUGCUGGCUACCGUGAGGGAAUAACCGCCGGGAAAGAAUCCGCCCUCCAAGAGGGCUUCGACUCGGGCUUCGCUGACGUCGGCGCGCCGCUAGGAAGAGAGCUCGGCUUGCUGCGUGGAAUGGCAUCCGCAUUGCUCUCCUUCCUCUCCUCGCAAGCCGCAAACGCAGAAAGCGAGGGAGCUCCCGCGGUAAACGAGGGUGCCAUAGCGGAAGUCCGCGACAUCUCCCGCCAGCUCGCGCACAUCCGCCUCACCGACAUCGCGCCGCGCGACCUGGAGGCGGAGGCGCACGCGAAGGAGCAUCUGCAGUUGGAGGAAGAUGAGGAUUUGGUGACGGACGACGAGUUGUUGGAGAAACGCAAGAUGGAGGCUUUGGAAGAUCAACUGGCGCGGCUGACGUCUGGGACGAUGGGAGGAGGUUCGAGAGAGGCGCGACCGACGGCGGACGAUGUUAGACGGCUGAAGGGGAGGUUGGAUAAUUUGACUGGGCUCAUGGGCCUGGCCGUGGCACCACAGUAGAGGCAUACAAUGCAUGUUGAGCUUGAAAACUGUACUUUCAAUGGGGCUGCAAAGGAAGCAACCGUGCACUCACCUGCAGUGUAUCCCCCAG